CCAUUCUGCUGCUUUCUACUGUUGCAUUGCUAUAUUCGACAUUUUAUUUGAUUUCAUUUCAUUUCAUUUAUUCUUCUCUAUUGUUCUUCAUUGAAUCCGUAGUUUGAAGAGCAUAAAAUUUUGCUUUGAUUUGAUUUGAUUUUCUUGGCGGGGUUUGUUUACUACUGAUUUAUUUGUUCUUCUUGCCGUUCGGAUGUCGUAUUAUGCUUCAUCUGCUCUAUGUUUUUCUUUUUCGCCCUUUGAUUCGUGUUCCCUUUCGAUCAUAGUGUUUUUUUUUUGGGAGAAGGAACUGAUAUUGCCCAUUUUGAAAUGGGCACUUCGCCCAUUUUUUUGCUUUCCCCCCUUUCUUUGAGGUGAUGGGAUUCGAAUCGAGAGGAUUUGUUGGCAUCUUGAGCGCUCGAUUUCCACCUGGUUUUGCUCUGUUCUUGAAGUCUGUGCCCUCGUCGCUUUUGAGGGACAACUUCUGUUGUUUGUUUAUUUGUUGAACUGGCUGGAUGCUUAUAUCUAUGAUUAUCUCAUGAAAAGAAAACUAUAUGCUUCUGCAAGGUCUUUUCUGGAUGAAGGGAAACUUUUUGUGGAUCCAGUGGCUUUUGAUGCGCCUGGUGGUUUCCUAUUGGAAUGGUGGUCUGUGUUUUGGGACAUUUUUAUUGCCCGCAUAAAUCCACAGCACUCAGAAGCUGCUGCAUCUUACAUCAAGUCUCAGUUAACGAAGGAAGGAGAUUUGCAGCUACAACAACAAUAUCAUUUGCAGAAUUCUCAGCAGAGUACUUCAACCGCUAAUAGGCUUGUUAUGAACAAUUCAUUCAAUAUACAGAACCCUUCAGUAGCAAAUAAAAUGGCUUCAAAAAUGUCUGUGGAGAAUUCUUCUACACUUCCUAUUGAAAGGGAUGCACUUGCCAAUGUGCUCCCAAAGAAAAGAUUCCUCAAACAUGUAAGCCAGCCUCCAGCCUCAAUGUUUGGAACAGCUGCCUUGAAUGCUCAACCUCUGAGCCAGAGCCGAACAGCGGGGGACAAUUCAAAUAGUAUUGAUACUCAAUAUCAUAGCCAACAGCUUCCAGGAUCCAAGAAUUUGAAAGGUGAGAUGAAGUCAAUUAUGAACUCCAGAGUUGGCAUGACGGAAGGAAUUGCUGAAUCAAAUCAGGGCACUAGUCGUUUGCCUUUGAAAGGAUGGCCUUCAACUGGAUUGGAUCCUCUAAGCUUGGGGCAUCUGCAACAACCCAAGUCAUUCAUCCAAUUACCACAUACUUCCAAUCGAUUUCAGCUGGAGCAUCCACUGAUGUUUCAGGCACCUCAAAGCUUGGAAGGAGUACCUUCUGCCAAUGUGGCAUGUAUAAGACCGGGAGUGCCUUUAAGUCAAAAUCUGAAUACAGGGAAGGAUAGCCAAUUAUGUUUUAUCGGUGUGUCUGAUGGCGAUUCACUGGCACCAGAUUGUCAUCCUGUUUUGCCUCAUGCUGAUAUGGAUUGUCUCAUGGAUGAUGGACCAUCAGAUUAUGUGGAGUCUUUCCUAUCUCCUAUGGUAUCAGACGAGAGAGAUAAUGCAGCUGAAGGCCCUGCACUGAAGGAAAUUCGUGCAGUUUCUGCAAGUACAAGUAAAGUUGAAUGCUGCUGCUUCUCAUCUGAUGGAAAACUACUUGCUAGUGGUGGGCAUGACAAAAAGGCUACAGUGUGGUGCACAAAGUCCUUCAAAGUGAGGUCUACACUUGAUGAACAUUCGCAAUGGAUAACUGAUGUUUGCUUUAGUCCAAGAACAUUAAAGAUUGCAACAUCUUCAAGUGACGGGACUGUCAAGGUUUGGGAUGUUGAUAAUCAUGGCCAAUCACUUCGGACUUUUACUGGACAUUCUACUGGAGUCACAUCAUUGGACUUUCAUCCUAGUAAACAUGAUCUCAUUUGUUCUUCUGAUAUUAGUAGCGAGAUUAGGUACUGGAGCGUUAAAAGUGGUAGCUGUGUUGGCAUUUUUAAGGGUGGUGCGACAAAGUUAAGGUUUCAACCUAAUAAUGGAAGAAUGCUUGCUGCAGCAAUGGGAAAUGUUGUUUCCAUAAUUGACAUAGAAACCCAAGUUUGCAGGCUUAAAUUACAGGGUCACAAAAACCAAAUUCAUUCUUUGUGCUGGGAUCCUUCUGGUGAAUAUCUAGCAUCUACAAGUGACGAUCAAACUAAAGUAUGGAAAUUUGGCUCUGGCAGCAAAGGAGACUGCAUUCAUGAGUUGAACUGCAAUGGAAACUCAUUUUAUGCCUGCGUUUUUCAUCCCACCGAUACGUCUCUUUUGAUCAUUGGCUCUCAUGAGUCACUGAAGCUUUGGGACAUGACAGAAAACAAGACAAGAACGACACUGCGUGCUCACGACAAGCUGGUAUCAGCCUUGGCAGCAUCAAAUGUUUCUGGUUUAGUUGCUUCAGCGAGUCACGACAACUGCGUCAAGCUGUGGCAGUAACGAAAUCUACGAGCUCUCUUCUCCACUCCAACCAAAUUACUAUCAUAAGAUCGUAUGUUGAGUGUCGAUAUCCAUACAUCGACGUCUUUUUUGCAUGUAGAUGGUGACGAACUAAAGCCAAAAGUUGUGUCUAUUGAUAUUUUCUUGGGCGUGUACUGUAAAAAGGAAAGAAAAAACAAAUAUCCAGACACAGCUUCAUAGCAAACUCUUGGUUGUGUGUGCUUUUGAAACGGUCAACACAAUCUGUUGCAAGUCAAUAUAUCCAUUGCCAGCCUCAAAUCUCUGA